AUGGGGGUGGAAAUCCUGAGCUCCAUGGUGGAGUACUCCUUCCAGUACUCUUCCGGCGUGUCCACGGCCACGACGGAGUCAGGCACCGCCGGAACACCGCCGAGGCCUCUGAGCCUACCUGUCGCCAUCGCCGACGAGUCCGUGACCUCGCGGUCGGCGUCGUCUCGGUUCAAGGGCGUGGUGCCGCAGCCAAACGGGCGAUGGGGCGCCCAGAUCUACGAGCGCCACGCUCGCGUCUGGCUCGGCACGUUCCCAGACCAGGACUCGGCGGCGCGCGCCUACGACGUAGCCUCGCUCAGGUACCGCGGCCGCGACGCCGCCUUCAACUUCCCGUGCGCGGCCGUGGAGGGGGAGCUCGCCUUCCUGGCGGCGCACUCCAAGGCUGAGAUAGUGGACAUGCUCCGGAAGCAGACCUACGCCGAUGAACUCCGCCAGGGCCUGCGGCGCGGCCGUGGCAUGGGGGGGCGCGCGCAGCCGACGCCGUCGUGGGCGCGGGAGCCCCUUUUCGAGAAGGCCGUGACCCCUAGCGAUGUCGGCAAGCUCAAUCGCCUCGUAGUGCCGAAGCAGCACGCCGAGAAGCACUUCCCCCUGAAGCGCACGCCGGAGACGCCGACCACCACCGGCAAGGGCGUGCUGCUCAACUUCGAGGACGGCGAGGGGAAGGUGUGGAGGUUCCGGUACUCGUACUGGAACAGCAGCCAGAGCUACGUGCUCACCAAAGGCUGGAGCCGCUUCGUCCGGGAGAAGGGCCUAGGUGCCGGCGACUCCAUCCUAUUCUCGUGCUCGCUGUACGAACAGGAGAAGCAGUUCUUCAUCGACUGCAAGAAGAACACUAGCAUGAACGGAGGCAAAUCGGCGUCGCCGCUGCCGGUGGGGGUGACUACCAAAGGAGAACAAGUUCGCGUCGUUAGGCUAUUCGGUGUGGACAUCUCGGGAGUGAAGAGGGGGCGAGCGGCGACGGCAACGGCGGAGCAAGGCCUGCAGGAGUUGUUCAAGAGGCAAUGCGUGGCACCCGGCCAGCACUCUCCUGCCCUAGGUGCCUUCGCCUUAUAG